AUGGCCACGGUAGGCGUGGAGCUUGCACUAGGUACUUCUGUGCACACAAGACCGGCUUUCUUAACCUGAUGGCAGUUGCCUCCGCUGUCACUAGCAGAUAUUGACCCAGUGGCUUAGGGUAGUUCGGUUGGAUCUUAUAAAUUGUAAAGAGAGCUGCUUUGGGCUCCACUCGGUGUCCGGAUUCAACAAUGUGUGCGGGAAUAAUGCUAUUUAUCGCGACUUUGGAGUGUACGGGUGUCCAGUUAUAGGUCGUAGCAGGUCGUUCACUUGCUUGCAGGUGUAGAAUACGCCUAGCGCCCACUUACUGGUACCCAACUCUCAUAUUUGGCUCCCAGAAGCUAGGGUCUGCCUAACGGCCACAUCCCGGUAACCGUCUCGACCGGCGGGCUAAACGAGGUGAGGGUAGCCGUAUGUGCAUCUCCCCACUCCCACCAUCGCUGGACGGACGGAUCACCGCCUCGGUUCCUCUGAGAUGAGGCUUCGUCUGCAACCCCACUGGAGGCCACAAGUCAAGUGCCGCCCAAGUAGGUCGAAUAUUGCUUUGUUGUCUUCGUUUUUUUGCUUUUUCUUGUUUGCCUGUCUUUUUCUUAUUUGCCUGUUUUUGUUCUUGUCGUUAGCUAAAUACCGUCUUUUGAAUUUUUCUACUCAGCGUUUAUACUUCGGCAACCAGUUAACUUAGAGAGGGACGAGAAACUCUGAUUCCUGUCUCCCUACCCUUUCCCCCACCUUCCGCCUCCCCCCACUCAAAAGUCCCCCAAAGUGGACAUCACCGCACUCAGCGAAACCCGGUUCUCCGAACAAGGCCAACCGCUGGAGGUGAGUGCCGGCUACACCUUCUUCUUGAGCGAUCGCCCCAGGACAGAGCGAUGAGCCGCGGAGGUCACUUUUGCCAUCCGUGACGACAUCGUGGGACGACUGCCCUGUCUACUGCGGGACAUCAACGAUCGUCUGAUGAGACACAGCCUGCCUCCCCGGGAAGAGAAAUUCGCCACCAUUGACAGUGUCAACGCUUCCCCGAUGACCAGCCCGGCGAGGUGAGGAACAAAUUCUACGAGAAUCUGCACAACCUCCUGGCGACUGUGCCGAAGGCGGAUAAGUUGAUUGUUCUUGGUGACUUCAACGCCCGCGUCGACAGAGACCAUGCUGCCGCGAGAGGAACACUGGCUACCCAUGGUUUCAACGGCUCCAACGACAAUGGCCUGCUCCUCCUACGAACCUGCGCAGAAUACCGACUCAUCCUGACGAACACCAUCUUCUGCCUGCCGAUGCUAAAGAAGGCCACCCCGGAUGCAUCCUCGGUCGCGACACUGACGCCUGCUGGACUAUGUCCUCUUCCGGAGGCGAGACCAGCAGGAUGUGCUGGUGACAAAAGCGAUUCUGGCUGUCGACGGGCGGAUCGGCCAUCGUCUUGUCUUCUUAAAGAUGCAGAUUCGCCUACGGUCUCAAAGGAAACCUCAAGGUAGGCGGCCCCCGGGUAAGCUGAAUAUUGCUUUCGUAUCUUUGUCUGCUCAACGGCUAGACAACCUUCCGCGCGGUCGCCUACGAGAACGCCUCCGUGGUGGCGUCAACUGCGAGAUACGGUCCAGUCGACGGCGCUGGCCGUCCUCGGUCGCGCACGCCGCCAACAUCAGGACUGGUUCGAUGACAAUGACGUCGCUAUUAGCAAAUUACUCGCCGAGAAGAACCGUCUGCACAAAGACUACGUCAGUCGCCCCACUGACGACAACAGAACGGCCUUCUACCGUAGUCGCAGCGUUGUACAACAGAGGCUGCGGGAGAUGCAGGAGGUCUGGACGGUUCGCAAGGCUGAGGAGAUCGAAGGAUAGGCGGACCGCAACGAAUGGUAAAACUUCGCCGCGACCAAAGCUCUCUACGGUCCAACAGCCAAAGGUACUGCACCUCUCCUCAGCGUCGACAGCAAUACUCUCCUCACCGAUAAGACACACAUUCUGCAGCCAUAGGCCGAACACUUCAGAGGCGUCCUCAACCGUCCCUCCACAAUCUCCGAUGUCGCCACUGCCCGUCUGUCUCAAGUGGAGACCAACGCCAACCCCGACCUACCGCUCUCUCUCUCCGCGAAACCAUCAGGACCGUGCAACAGCUCUCCAGCGGGAAAGCGCCCCGAUCGGACGCGAUCCCUGCUAAGUUCUCCAAGCCCGGUGACCCCUAAAUUAUGGGACAUCUGACAGCGCUCUUCCAGGAGAUGUGGCGUCAAAAGAAGUCCGCAGGAUUUUAAGAACGCCACAAUCGUCCAUCUCCGCAAGCGUAGAGGUAAUAGUCAGCUCUGCGACAAGCGCCUGAACAACCAUCUGGAACAGGGUCUCCUGUCGGAUCCCGCUUCGCGUACCACGCUCUCAUGUGGGUGGUCCGAAUCUCACGUCAAUUGGUAUGCCCUAAAAUCCACAUUAAGAAAGAUUCAUUGCGGCCUGACUCUCAGUCCCCCAGUCACUCUAAAAUACUCCCAUGGGGUUGAGUUAUCCUGUAAGUUGGCAGCCUUCUAGGCCACCACCCUUAGCGCGUUGUGAUGACUCCGGCACUUGCCGCAGGGAUGGAUUUCUCAGUGUCGGCCUCCACUCUUCCUUCCCUAGCCCAGGUACCAGUCGACUGUCCGAGCCUCUUAGCCAGCUAGCGAUUGGACUGGGCCCAGUAGCUCGCAGAGUUAGACGGUUCGUGCACGCAUGUCACAUGUAAUCUGGUCAUCACUUCAUGCGCAGGAAACGCCAAAGACCCAGCUUCGCACUUACACGAGGCGAGCAUAUGUUGACAUGGGACAUUGCACACACCCUACCGGCUAUGACGAAUCGGAUUACAUACAGUGCACGACCUAUCUCAUGAAACCUGAUGACAGAAACUGAUAUGAGAAUUUUCGGACGUCUUAAACGCUGCGCGUUUUGCUCGAUCGUUCAGCCUCUUUGAGGAAAUGUCCUUUUCUUGCGCAGAAAAUGUGUCCACGUAAUUUUAUCAAGCAAAAAGUUCAUAAAUUUGAGCGAAAAUGGACGUUGCGAUAUAUUCGGGCCGUUUCUUAUGCUAGCGUCCGUCCUAAGAGGUGAGUUACCCAUCCUCGAAGAUUCUACUAAACAGAGCUCUCCGCGUUUGAAAAGUGAUUUUCUGUCCGAUGUUAGCCAUGGGAAUCAGUUUGAUAACACAAGUUAUUUUUGGGGAACCAGAUGGUUUAUCGAUUUUUAGAAGUCAGAUCAGCAAAUCUGUGCCAUCUGGUGCCCUAAAGUGCAGCAAUAACGCACACAGGCAAUCCUUCGUCUAAAUGGGCCGGAAAUUUUUUGCCCAGAAAUGAGUUCCACCGAAUAGUCAUUUUCAGUCUCGAACAUAUGAAGUAGUACUUUUCGUGCUCACCACUCAUAAUAGCAGCAGCAGCAGCAGCAGCAGCAGCAGCAGCAGCAGCAGCAGCAGCAGCAGCAGCAGCAGCAGCAGCAGCAGCAGCAGCAGCAGCAGCAGCAGCAGCAGCAGCAGCAGCAGCAGCAGCAGCAGCAGCAGCAGCAGCAGCAGCAGCAGCAGCAGCAGCAGCGGCAGCAGCAGCAGCAGCAGGGAGGCCUCAUUACUCCAGACUACCUCCCAUAA